GUUACCUUUGAGUAAUUCUGAUGAGAGCAAACACUAAAAAUUCAUUUUGGGAGCAAACUUGAAAGUGUAAGCACUGUCUUUGGGAUAAUAUAGUGUAACUUAUUGCUGUAAGUCUCUAAAAGUCUUUUGUAGCCUGAUUGAAUGAAAUUGCUCUCUGUGGAAAAGACGCUAGGAAAUUGAAUUGGUUUAAGUGCUAAAGAGGUCGGAGCUUCUAAUUGACCAUCACUAAGAAUAUCGGAAACAACUACUAUGGAGCCUGGAUUCCCUCCCAUGAUGGAAAGAAGUCCAGCCUACAGUCAUAUUCUGAUGGCUGGAGGAAUUGGCGGUGCUACGGCAGACUUAUUGAUGCAUUCUUUGGAUACAGUCAAAACGAGACAACAAGGAGCUUUGUAUACAGACAAGUAUAGAGGAAUGGUCCGUAGUUAUCUUACAAUUUUCAGAGAAGAAGGUCUUUUUCAUGGUUUAUAUAGUGGAGUGUGCCCAAUGUUACUCGGCAGUCUUCCGGCUACGGCAUUAUUCUUUAGUUCUUAUGAAUUCUCAAAAAGGCAUCUGAUGGACACCUAUCAUGUUCCAGAAACUCUUUCAUUUUUACUCGCUGGUUUUGUCGGUGAUCUUUUUGCAUCCGUUGUUUAUGUACCAUCAGAAGUUUUAAAAACUCGACUACAACUUCAAGGACGAUAUAACAAUAAAUACUUUAAGUCCGAUUACAAUUACCCCUCUUUCCGAGGCGCCAUUAAGCAGAUUGCGAAGGAAGAAGGCCCAAGAACAUUUUUCUUUGGUUACCGCGCAACCGUUCUACGAGACAUACCUUUUUCUGGUUUACAGCUUCUAUUUUAUGAAAAGCUCCGUCAGGGUGUGCAAAAGUACUCUGGUAAAAAAGAUAUAGGUGUUAGAUAUGAGUUGAUUAUUGGUUCAUUAGCUGGCGCAGGAGCUGGAUUUUUAACAACUCCUUUAGACCUUGCGAAAACAAGGCUUCAAACCAUGGUUCGACCGACAGGCGUUUCGGAUAAUAUAAAAAGUGGUCGUUAUUUCUAUGGUCAAAUGGAAAACUCUUUGGGAAGUUCUGCCUCCUCUACUAGAAAGCAAACAAUUGGAAUUAGUAAAGUCUUGUCUAGCCUCUACAGAAAGGAGGGUGCCAUGGGAUUGUUUAAAGGUGUUGGCCCUCGUGUGUUCUGGACUUCAUCUCAGAGUUCAUUGAUGUUUGUUUUUUACGAGAGCAUAAUAAGACUUUUUAAACAAAAGGAAGCUCAAUCUAUGUUGGAUUGAGUUCAUUAUCUAUAUAUGAGAACUAUUGCACUAUUCUUUCUUUUUUGGCGCUCAAAAAAGCCUCUCAAAAUCCCCCUCAUCCAACCGUUUUUAGCUUUUAUCAGCAAUGAUAUGUUUUAUAAAGCCUAUUAGACUCCCCUUUUGUUCUUUUUAUGUUGGCUAUAUCAUUGUUGUUUGAAAACACACUGCUUUUUGAAUUCAUAGAAUAUUUGAUUCAUUUUUACAUUUAUUUUUGUCUUCUGACUAUCUAUUCCCUCCUUAAAAAUGUUGAAAAAAAUAAAAAAAACAAAAAAAAAAUCUCUCCCUCAAGAAUUAAGGUCUGCACUAUGGCCUUAUACCUUUAAUGAAAUAGAAGAUUUAGUCACUGAUCCCCUUUUUUGUUUUCUUCUUUAGAAUACAAUAAUAAUAUUAUAGUCUACGAUAACGGCAUGACAUUCGAAAUAUUAGCUUGAUUUCUU